CUCACCGAUGAAGAGAGAGUGUUCCUCAACGCAGCUUACUUGGGAGAUGUUGGUAUCGUCCGUCAGUCCCUGGAGGACUCUGCGGAGAGCUCGCUCAACGUAAACUGCGUGGAUUACAUGGGUCGAAACGCCCUACACCUAGCCAUAGACUCGGAGAAGCUGGACAUCAUCGAGAUCCUUCUGGAUAACCUCAGUUUCAACUGUAUCGAAGAGGCUCUCCUGCAUGCCAUCUCCAAGGGCGCGACGAAGAUCGUCAAGCUGAUCAUUGAACACCCAAACUUCAUGGCGGGGGAGGAUAAGCUGAGGAGGAUGGGUGGCGGAGACGCCUUUUUCAGGCUAGAAGAGAAGAGCCAGUUUCCCCCAGACAUCACGCCGUUAAUUCUAGCAGCUCAUUACAACAACCAUGAGAUUAUACAAAUGUUCCUGUCCAGAAACCACACCAUCGAAAAACCUCAUCCCAUCUCCUGUAAGUGCCAAGACUGCGUCACCAAGCAGAAUUAUGACUCUUUGAAGAGAUCCAGGUCACGGUUGAAUGCUUACCGGGCUUUGGCCAGCCCGGCCUAUAUGGCCUUGUCCAGUCCUGAUCCUAUCAUGACAACCUUUGAACUCCGGCAGGAAAUGAUGAAACUUGCAGAGGUGGAGAAAGAGUUUAAGAGCGAGUACCUGAACAUGGUAGAGCAGUGCAUGAAUUUUGCGUGCGAGCUGAUGGAUCUGUGCCGAGGUACCCAGGAGGUGGAGGCCGUGCUGAGCGAGAGCGACGAGGGCACGGACCGGGAUCCGCUGGCCAGAUUAAAAAUGGCCAUUCGGUACAUGGAGAAAAAGUUUGUAGCGCAUCCCAACUGUCAGCAGCAUAUGACCUCCAUCUGGUACGGGUCCGAGAUGGGCUUUCUCCAAUCCCUCAACGGCCUCAUGCAGUUUGUUUAUCUGAUUCUUUUCCUUCCCGCCAUUCCCUUUAUGUGUGUUCUGUAUAUCAUCGCACCAGGCAGCAAGUUCGGCGCCGUCAUGCGCUGCCCAGUGACAAAAUUCAUCACCCAUACUGCUUCUCACAUGUGCUUCCUCAUUCUUCUCUCUGCUGCUACUUUCCGCAUUACAGAGUCUAGUUUUGCUAUCACAAAAACAGAUGAUAUGAAUCACCCUCGCUACAAUCAUUUAACGUACGAGGAGAAGAUUCAAAGUCUGUUGAAGGAGACGUUGCGGCCAGCAUCUCCACUCGUCACAAAUGUGCAAAUUUGUAUUGUCUUCUGGGUGUUAGGUUUGUUGUGGAUUGAAUGCAAGCAGAUCUACAGUUCGGGUGCCAGGUCUUACAUUAUGGACUAUUACAACGCCAUGGAUUUUGCUGUUCUCUCUAUGUAUCUCUCCUCGUACGUUCUCAGGUUUUUCACAGAAAUUAAAGUCAGAGAAGCCAACAGAUCUUUCAAUGGAACUUAUAGAGCUAAUGCUCUGUUACACCAAAAGAACCGCACAUACUUUGAUGUCUUUCUUGCUGAAAUGAAGGAUGCCAGAAACUCACCUAAGAAUUACUUCAUGGAAGCAUCCCGCUUUCAAUGGGACCAGUAUGAUCCGGAGAUUGUAUCGGAUGUCUUGUUCGCUAUAGCAAACGUGAUCAGCUUUGCUCGGACUACCCAGCUGAUGCCAGCUUUUGAGGUCCUGGGGCCGCUGCAGAUCUCGCUGGGCAGAAUGAUCGGGGAUAUCACCAGGUUUAUGGUUCUGUUUACUCUUGUUCUGUUUGCCUUCAUGGUGGGACUCCACAACUUGUACUGGUACUAUGGAGCCCAGAAGAUCAAAAUGGUGGUCAACGGGCAGUUAGUGGCAGUAAAUGCAGCUAAAGCUUUUGAAGGGUUACAACAGACCUUCUUUAGCCUGUUCUGGUCUAUGUUUGGACAAGUCAGCAUCAACGACAUCACCAUUAACCAUCCCAAACGAGACGGGGGUGAGCACUAUCACAAACCCCGCCAUUGUAUGACUAUGGAUGGAGAAAGGAGCAAGCUAUAUUGUGCUGAUGGCCCGUUUACUGAUGGAGAGAAAAACGAAUCAGACAGCCCCCAGAUGGUUAACAGCACGGCUCUUGUGGAGACUGUGGGCAUGUAUCUGUUUGGCAUCUACCACGUGGUCAUUAUCAUCGUCCUUAUCAACAUGCUGAUCGCCAUGAUGUCCCAUUCGUUUGAGGACAUCCAGACUGACUGUGACGUGGAGUGGAAGUUUGCCCGCACCAAGCUAUGGCUGAACUACAUGGACGAUGGUAGCACGCUGCCUGUACCCUUCAACAUGAUCCCGACACCAAAAUCUGUACUCUACGGCUGGCAUGCCAUCAAGUUCUUCUUCAACCAAGAUAAUGUGGUGGAGGAGCAAGGUCGUCAUAAAAGACAGACUUUUCUCAAAACACGAAGAGAGACAGUCUGUAAAAACUUGGAGCUGAAACCGGACGAAACAUCCUAUUCUGACAUUAUGCACAGGCUGGUCAAGCGGUACUUGUUCAAACUAGAGAGAGCCAAAGACGAGAAAGAAAUUGCAAAAGAAGGUCACGGGAAUCUGAGAGCAGACGAUGUGGAGAUAUGGGACCCAACACAAAAUGACGGCCCGCCACCGCCAAUUCCAGAGGUUCCCAGCAGAAUUCCAUUUGCCACACCUCCUAUUCCAGAGGAGGAUGAUGAUGGAAAAUCUAAUAUGCGACUUCCCAGAAGAAAAGGAGGCACAAGAUCCCACAACCGGAGACUGUCGUCAGCAAACCUACCUAUAGCCACAACCUUGGCAAUACCUCAACUUGAUGCAAUACAAAGGUCACAAAAGUUGCUGGAUAUGCGUCUUCAGCAACUGCAAGCCAACCACAAGGAGACCAAUCGACUUCAGGACGACGUGGAGUUCAUACGGCGAUUAAUGGCUGAAAACCAGAAAGGUGAAAUCGUCAAUUUAGUCCAGUGUCUCAAGCCACAACCCAAGCCCAAACCGGCAAAUUCCAUCAGCUCCCAGGGCAGCGUUCCUAAUGCCCACAAUCAGUCCAACGCUAUUAUCUUAGCACCGUCUAUUAACAUGAUCCCCGGUAGUGGCUUAGUGACGAUAGAGAGAGAAAUUGAAAUACUCAACGCGGGGAGGAAAAUGGACAGGGAAACGUUUGACUCUGGUGACAGGUUCAUUAAAAAGGAAAUGCGCAGGAAGCAAGGGUUAGAGGAAGAUGAGAGCAAUUUGUGA